AUGACCGUGGCUCUUAAUGUUAUUUUUCUUUGCCUAGACCAUGACAAAAUGUUUAAGAUGAGUGAAAAGAUCUUACUCCUGUGUGUUGGGGAGGCUGGAGACACUGUACAGUUUGCAGAAUACAUCCAGAAAAACGUUCAGCUCUACAAAAUGAGAAAUGGUUACGAAUUGUCUCCUACUGCAGCUGCAAACUUUACACGACGAAACCUUGCUGACUAUCUUCGGAGUCGAACCCCUUACCACGUCAACCUUCUCCUGGCUGGCUAUGAUGACCAGGAAGGUCCUGCCCUUUAUUACAUGGAUUAUCUUGCGGCUCUGGCUAAAGCUCCUUUUGCAGCGCAUGGAUACGGUGCAUUCCUUACCCUCAGCAUCCUCGACCGCUAUUACAAGCCAAGUAUCACACGUGAGGAAGCGGUGGAGCUCCUAAAAAAAUGUCUAGAGGAGCUUCAGAGCCGCUUCAUCCUAAAUCUGGCUUCUUUCAAUGCCCGGUUCAUUGACAAAGAUGGCAUCCAUGAAGUGGACAAUAUACUCCUUGCAAAAUCGAUGUCCUAACCCCUGAGAUCCUUCUUCAGCAGUCAUCUUUUUUGUUCACUUCUGGGGUUUUUUUUCUAUUCACUUGAAGCAUGCAAGUCUUGUACUGCACUGGGAGAUCGAAUAAAGAUUGACAUUUA